AUGAAUCCAGCGGACAUGUUUCGACCAGGCUUCGGCCAUGUCGCUCCCCGCCAAAACCCGGUCUUCAUGGGCCAUCCUCAGCUAUCCGCCUUGCAGUUUCACCAGCAGCAGCAGCAACAACUACAACAGCAGCAGCAACAACGACCGCAGACGUUUAGGAAACCAGUGCAACAUACCGACGAAACGUCGGAUGGUGAUGGUUCGGCCCACCGCAUCGCCCAUACUCUGACAGCCUGUUGCCGUUGCCGACAGAGGAAAACCCGAUGCGAUCCUACUUUGCCCCGCUGUUUGCCGUGUGAACGAUCCGGGUCUACCUGUGAAUACUUGGAUGCCGCCAAGGGCCGCAAGAUCAACCGGUAUUAUGUUAUCAAACUACAGGAUAAAGUUAGGCAACUUGAAGCAGAGCUUAGCCAGUUCACCGACGACGAAACCGACUAUCCCAAGAGCAACGAAGACAUGGUACGGCCCGGUGGAAUGGUCCGUCUCAAUGGUGGUGACGAGACCCCUCGAUACCUUGGACCCAGCAGUGGUAUUGCAAUGACACGUUUACUUAUGGAACAAGCGAAACGAUACACCGACUCCAAGCGCAUCUCCGAUCUGAUACCCAGUGUUCGCGCCAGGCAAGCUCGAAUGCAGUCUAUUCAAAUGACCGGGCCUUCCGCUAGGAGAAAGAGCUACCCCAUGAUAAGCCAACACCCAGCCGAAAGUUUACCUACGAGGGCUGUUGCAGAUAAGUUACUGGAAAUUUUCAAUCAAAGAGCCCAAGUUUUCUGGCCCGCCCUACAUGAGAAGGAUCUGCUGCAAGAUCUCGAUGCAGUCUACAGUGGUGAUACCAAUUCAUAUCGAUUGUUCAUUGUCAGAAUGCUCGUGGCAAUCAGCUUACAAAAGUUGGACACUCAAUAUGCUGGCCUAGCAGACAGCUACUAUUUGGCAGCAAUGCAAUUAUUCGAAGAUGUCGUUCGUCCAAAGGACCUCAAAACCUUGCAAUGUCUUGUUCUUCUCGGCCAGUACUCGCUCCUCACUCCCACCAGGAUGCCGAUUUACUACGUAAUUGGCCUGGCAGCCAGAAUAUGCCAACAGGAAGGCCUGGCCAGUGAGAAGACCAUCAUGUCCUACGAUUUGGACGCCAAAACGAUCGAUAUGAGACGAAGAGUUAUCUGGACUGUGGCCGGUAUGGAAUAUGGCUUGGCGCACAGCAUGGGUAGACCCAAUAAUUUCGCAACGGGAGACGAUCGCCUGGAUGUCCAAUUCUUUGCGGCUGUCGAGGACGAGAAUAUCACUGAACAAGGUAUACAGCCUGGCCCACCCAGCGAACGCAAACUUGUUGCUAUCCAUUUUUACAAGAUGAGGAUGUGCCAAGCGGAAAUUAGAAGAGCCCUGUACGAGAAGAAGAAGGAUGAACCAAAGAAUGACUCACAUCCCUGGUUCGCGAGCGUUGAGAAGAUGAACAAGGACUGGCUGGACGCAUCACCAACGAGCCCCGAAUGGUGCAAACCUUGGUUUACUGGCCGAUAUCAUCAAAUGAGGGUAUUUAUGUACAGACCCUCUCCGCAGAUUCCAAAGCCAUCUCCUCGUGCCGCUGCUAUUUGUUAUGAAAGCUCAGCAUACAUCAUUCAGCUGAACGCCAAGCAUAUGGAAAAUGGCCUAGACGUUACGUGGGUUUUUCUUCUAACAGUGAAUAUGUCUCUCAACACACUCCUAUGGACCGUCUCGUACCCAGAGGUGCGACAAGCACAUUCUCGUGAUGAGGUCGAGAACCUUAUCAACAUCUCGAUGGACGUGUUAGAUCGCUGUGCGGAACGGUGGCCAGGGAGUGCAUCGGCCUCACAACUAUACUCGAUUUUCUCCAAAGCCUGUCUGCAGGGCUACGACGAACGCCCUAUGACGGGGCAACUUUUUACCACGCCUCCAUCUCUUGCAGAUGCGAACUCGCCCGAAGCCUUCCAGAACAGUAUCCAGCAGGCCUCUUAUCAAAACCCACCCCAGUUCAGCCACGUCUUCAAUUCACCACCAGAGGCCAUGAAUACGUACGCAUUCGACCCCAACUUUCCUCCACCCCAGCCCAGCUUCAGGUCCAACUCCAUCUUCUUCAACCCUGCCAGCAACGAGCCCACAGGCCGGAGAUUUUCCUAUUUCCCGCCGGACUUUAUGCAACCCGGCGAAACAACAAUGGAUGAUCCAACACCGCCAGCUACGACAACUCCUGAGCAACAUAUGACAUCACCUCCGGAUCAUCUCUCUGAGCAGCUGCCAACACCUCCAGAUUCCGUCCCGACCGGGGUUUUGGCGACACCGACACCUAGUAAUGCUCUGUCGCCCCCAAACGCCAUGACAGCAGGCCAUCCUACCCCCGUUAUGCAGCAUACAUCACCUGCCGGAAUCACGAUGAUGCCCGUACAGACAAGCAUGUCCCCUCCUAUCAAGAUUGAGCCAUCUCAAAGGGGGCCUACGUUUGCUAUACCUCCAAACCCUCAUGCUGCUCCUCAACAGAGGCCCCUGCCUGGGGUGCCCGCCCCAGGUAGCACCAACGAUUGGUUUCUACCGCCUGCUCCGUUUAUUUCCCCAUAUGCCUACAACAACAUGAGCCAGAGCUUCUACAACGACUCUAUGGUCAACCCCGGAAAUUAUGGUGACAUGUCAAACUCUGGCCUUGGGCUGCAGAAUGUUCAAGGCGGGAACAUCCCGCCACCCCAAUUCGAUUAUGGCUUUGCUCGCCAGGGUAGCCUCACUCAGUCACAACAACUUGAGCUGAUGAACGUACUCGAAACAGAGGGCAUGGGGGAUAUUGAUGCUUUCCUUAACGGAGGAACUAUAGCUAACAACAGGUGGUAUUAG